UGUUGCUUAGUUUAGUGUGGAUCUAGAGCGGUUCGUCGCUGGCGUGGCCACCUUCGUGACCAGUGUGGAUCUAGAGCCGUUCUUCCAGCGACGAACAGCGUUGUGGCCACCUUCGAAGCAGGUGGUAUGGGUUACGUCGUGUCCGAGGCGCACGCCUGCUGAUGCAAAGUUCGUUGACGCCGUGUUGGCAGCUCUGUGAGAUUCUCCAACCAGUCCGGAACUUUUUUCUGUUGUGGUUGGCGCGUGAGCGGGGACGAAGCCUGGGAUGCCAGCUCCGCGGAUUAUCUAGCGUCCUUACACUAGGAAAAUGCAAGCUCGCUUUAGCCACGCUGUGUAAGUCACACGAUUGCAGUAAGGAUCAUCGCACGACUGGAAACAACAGCUCAAUAAUGGCUACGACCGCCAGCGAAGCCAAUUGCAGCGAUGCUGAGCCGCCACCUGACACUGCUGCAGCAGCAAGGCCGCCACCAGAGACUGACACUGCUGCAGCAGCAAGCAGUGAUGCGAAAGGCGGCCUCCGCGCGCUCCUCCGCAUCGCCAUCCCGACGGCCCUCGCGAACCUCGCCGAGUACCUGCCGGUCUCCGUGGCGUUGUACUUCAUCGGCCGCCGCGGCGACGCCGACGACCUGGACGCGGUAGGCCUCGGCCGGUCCUAUUUCAACAUCAGCUGCUUCUCCACGAGCUAUGGUCUGAUAUCAGCAUUAAGGACGCUCUGCCCCCAGGCCGCCGGCGCGAGGAAAGGGAAAGAACUGCACGGCCUCUACGCGCAGCGGGCAUUGGCCAUCGUCGCCCUCGCCGCCAUUAUAGGUAUCAUCGGCAUCUACUUCGCCGAUGCAGUUUUAAUACAUGUCCUCGGCCAACCAAAACAGCUAGCGAAGCGCGCGCAACGCUACGGCCUCGCUUUAUUACCUGCCCUCUUCGGCAUCCCGUGCAUGACCAUCGUGCAGCGCGUCAUGACCGCGGAGGGCCACGUUUUCGCGAAUCUGGCGAUCUGCGCUACGGUCUUCGCGACCGCCCCCGCGUGGCAGAAUUUCCUCGUCUACCGCCACGGUCUGGGCUUCGUGGGCGCGGCGUGGGCCUCCUCCAUCACGAACAAUCAAUACCUCCUUCUACAAAUACCGUACUGCCUCUAUGUCGGAUUGGGCCACGUCUUCCGGCCGCGGUCGAUCGGCGAGGUUUUUGAUCGUAGAGGUGUCCGCGAGUUCCUCGGGCUGUCGCUGCCGGGGUUGGUCGCGAGUCUUCUGGAGUGGUGGUCCAUGGAAUUUGUGAUUGCGCUGGCCGGGACGCGGCGGUCGCCGGCCGUGCUUGCUGCUGUUACUUGUGCGCUCAAUAUUCAGACGGUGCUGGAGAUGUGUUGGUUGGGUGCGAUGGUCGCAACAUCAGUCGCCGUGGGCGCCCAGGUCGGCGCGGGCGAUCCCAAGGGCGCCAAGCGCGCCGCUCGACUCGGCGUUUUGGCCGCGUUCUGCGCCGCCGCGAUCACUGCCGCCGGCUUGAUCGUGGCGCGACCUUUGAUCGCGCGCCUCUACUCGCACGAUUCGGACGUCGUGGACUUGACGAGUCGAUGCGUGCCGGCCCUCGCAUUGCUUGUCUUCUUCGACGCGCAGAACGUCUGUAUACAGGGCACGCUGUCGGGCGCCGGCGCGCCCCAGCGGAUAGCUAUGUCGAACCUCAUCGGGUGGUACGGCGUCGCAGCCCCGGUGGCGCUUGGCUUGCUCUUUGGUUUAGAUUUAGAUCAAAGUGCGGCUCCGGUCCUGUUGUGCUGUUGUGCGCUCGGCCUCGCGACGUCGUUCGUCCUCCAGUUGCUCGCCUUGCGGUCUUUAGAUUGGGAGAAGCAAGUUCAGGAAGCCUCAGGCCGCCUCGCCGAAGGCACGGGCGCGCUCGCGGAGCCCCUCCUCACUAGUGAUGUUUAAUUAAUG